AUGUCUGGCCACAUAAAGUUUGCAGAGCCGAUCUCGAAGAAGGUUGGGACCGCCGGCAGGAUCGGAAGGGACAACAAUGAAAAGGGGUCGGGUCAAAGAGCUUCUUCGCCUGGCAAUGAGAUUGUUUAUCUCUCGGGAUGGAGGCUUAUUCUUACUACGAUAGGACUUUUGAUCGGAUUCUUUCUUUCCAAUCUGGACGUCACGAUUGUCAGCUCAUCUUUGACGAGUAUUACCGAUAGCCUGGAGGGAUUUGAGAAGAGAAGCUGGAUUAUUACGGGAUACUUGGCUACCUACACAGGGUCUAUGUCAAUAUGGACAAAAGUUAGCGAUAUCGUCGGGAGAAAGCUCACGACAAUUGCCACCCUCGUUAUUCUGCUCGCGUUCUCUAUCGGGUGCGGAUGUGCCCAAACAGUCAACCAACUCAUAAUCUUUCGAGCACUCCAAGGAAUAGGAGGUGCGGGAGCCUAUGCACUGGCAAUCCUGUGCAUCUACGAAAUAGCCCCUAAAACGAAACUUCCGAUCUACAGUGGUCUCAUGUCAUUCUGCCUCGCCCUGGCGUCUUUGAUAGGUCCCAUCAUUGGAGGUGCUCUUGCACAAGCCUCAGCCUGGAGAUGGGUUUUUCUCAUCAACGGUCCGUUGUGCGUUAUUGCAAUCGUUAUUAUCACUUUUGCGAUGCCUAAGCACUUCGGCCUUGAUCAACACACUCCGUCAUUCAGAACACGAGCAUCGUAUCGCUCAUUUGCCAAUCUCGAUCUCGUGGGAUCGCUUCUCGUGAUGGCUGGCUCAUUUUUGAUGGUCACUGUCUUGAACGAAGCUAAUCUGGCGUUUCCAUGGGGCUCUAAAGGCGGAAUUCUGCUCAUUGUGCUUACGGCGGUUUCCUGGGUUGCCUUUUUUUCCUGGGAAUGCUACAUUUCCGACACCCCCGGUAAAGAUCCUAUAUUUCCCAAGCGAUGGCUUUUUGAGCGUCCUUGGAUGGGUAUACUUCUUUGCUCCUUUGUUAUUGGGGCCCCCUUCAACGUCGUCCUCGUAUACGUUCCACAGCAAGCACAGCUCCUAUUGGGCAAGUCACCUCUGGAUUCUGGUAUCUAUUUGAUUGGAUAUUCAGCCGUUGCAGCUGUUGCCGCGGCUAUUGUCAAUUUCGCCAGCGCGAGGGGUCGUAUCCCAUUCGUUUAUUCUCUGCUUGUGGGUUGUACAAUUCACACAGUCGGUAUUGGGCUGCUAUCGACUAUUGCCACUUCGAAGGGCUUCCAUGCGACGGAUAUCGUUUACGGUGUUAUUGCCGGCGCAGGGCUCGGGUUGACGAUGGGCAUCCUGGUUCUCUCAAUACCCUACAUAGUCGAGGAUAGAGAUCUCGCAAUUGCAACUGGUGCGGUAGUACAGUUCCGGUUCCUUGGAGGUGCUCUUGGUCUCGCCAUUGCGUCCAAUAUUCUCAAUGGUCGUCUGGUGCAUCAUUUACAGGGCAUCCUCACACCGCAUCAACUCCACCUAUUCCUUGAGAAUGUGAAAGCGAUAAACCAUCUAUCUCCCCACCUACAGGAGGAGGUAAAACGCGUUUUUGCGGAUAGUUUCACUACGCAACUAAGAGUUAUGAUAGGAUUCGCUGCUGCUUCGGUACCAGCAGCUCUGCUACUGUUGAAGCGAGGCCGACAGCUUGCGGCUGAUAGACAUUCAUGUCUAUUUUAG